AGGGGAAUGGAAAAACAAAGUAGACACAACAAACAACGUUUUUAAAAUUCGAAACGGGAAAACAUUCGGAAAUUGGUCGUCGUUCGUGACAGUUGAUAAAAUUUGUAUCAACUCGGAUCCUGGGGGCUUAAAUUAAAGGGAGCAAAGUCAAGUGGAAUUUAAUUGCAAAAUUUGUGAGUGAUUGUGAAAGGUGAAUCAGCUGCGGGACAACAAAUUAUUAAGAUUCUGGAACCUUCUCGUUGGUUUUUGUUUCUCCUAAAACGCAAACUGACCCCGAGCCGAGCUUCAUCAACGACCUCGAACAAAGAACAAAGAAAGCGCGACUGCAAUUGCCAUUGUCAUAUUGCCAUAGCCAUAUAGCCACACAUCCAUAUAUAACUGGCUCUAACCAGUGGCAACCAACAAAUUCACAUUUGGUCAAAACCAGUUGCUGCAGCUGCCUAACGUCGCAUUUCCGCCAGAAAGGCAGACAACAAAGAGUUGGCAACAAACAUGGAUGCCCAGGAGAACAGGAACGGACAGUCCGGUGCCGGCCAGGAUGACCUGGAGGAGCGACGAAUCCGGACGGACAGCGAGAGCUCCGUGGACAGCAUGACCCGCUUCGUGCUGCCCAGCCUGGAUGGCACUCCGCCGAAGAUCGUCACCAUGGACGAGGUGUCCAGCAUGUUCAAGAACCUGCGGAACAUGGAGCUGGCCCAUGAGAUAGCCCUCAAUCCGGACUUCAAGCUGCAGACGUACGAACCGCCAUCGGAUAGUUUGGAAGGAUCCAUCAAGAAGAUUAUGCACAAGGCUUUCUGGGAUUUGCUGCGUCAACAAUUGGAACGCCAGCCGCCCUCUUAUGACCAGGCCAUCCGAUUGCUGGCCGAGAUCAAGGAGAUGUUUCCCCAGAUGCUAUCGCCCAACAAUGAGCGUGCCCUGGCCCACAUCAACGAGGUGCUGGAUGCUGCCGUUAUCCGCCAGCAGGCGGAGCGGGGAACCAUUGACUUUCGGUCGUAUGCCAAUUUUGUGAUCAAAAUCCUGUCGCGAUCCUGUUCGCCGGCCAGGGACGAUGCGGUUGCCGCUCUCCUAGAGAUCGACGACGUGGUGGACACGUUCCGGGGAAUCCUUGAGGUGAUGACCCUGAUGAAGCUAGACAUGGCCAACUUUAUGCUGGCCCUGGCGCGCACCGAAAUCGCCGCCAAUUCGGUGCAGUACGAGAAGGAGAAGUUUAGCAAGUACCUGCGCGAGUUCCAUGGAAAUGCUGGUUUUCCGGCCACUGAGGACUGGCUGCAGCGUCAUCGUUCCGGCAGCAACGUGGAUGAGACCAUUUACAAUGCCUACAUGCAGCUGAUUGACUAUCCGGCGGACAAAGAGUUUCCGGAACUGUUGCGCAUCGACAAGGAGCGCUUUGCCGGCCUGAGUUGGCGUGCCCAACGCUUGAUCCUGUGCGCCUCGCUCAUCUCCAUUGCCCAGAGCACGCCCAUCAUUUCGCAGCGUCGCGAGAAUCGCAUCAAGCUGUCCCAGCAGCUGGACAUCAUUGUGCAGGAUGUCAAGAACCGGGACCAAGUAGCCACUGCCAUUGAAAGCUGCUACGAGCAAAUACGCUCUUUUGUGAACAAGGCUCUGGAGCAGGAGAAUAUGCCGCCGAUGAGCGAUGCUGACCAGGCGGCGCUCAAGAGCCAGGUGCUCAAAUUGGCCAACAAGGCUUCGCCAGUGCCCAGUUUGAUGGCCAAGCGAUUGGAUGGCUAUGUCCGCGUGACCCUGCGCUCCAAUGGCAGCAUUCCGCCGCCGCCUGCGGGUUUCGUGGACUUCCAGGAGGAACUGGUUGCAUUUAUCGCCUCAUUUCGGCGUCUUGUGUCCUACAAUCAUGCCGUUUUCGGGGAGCACUUCCACCAGAUCCUCAACAAGACCAUGUCCGAGGAGUCGCAGGCGAAUGAGGAGGCAAUACGCGCGGGAAGUGGAAUGACCGCUGGCCAGGCUCAGACUGCCAAGCCUUAGGCAGCGAGAAGAUGAUGAUUUGCCUCUUAGGCAACACACAAUAUUAGCUAGCAUACAACACUCAGAUACACCUGGAAACGAGGGAAGGAUGAUGGAGGGGAUCUAAUGUUGAAGCAACUACCGGAGUGGCAGAGUGGCAGUGUGGAGAGCAUCUCCGUGGAACAGGAAGCGAGCAGGAUUCUACGUUUCUCCCAAUUUCGCUGAUGUUUUUUCAUGUGACACUCGCGUAGAAAUUUUGACGUGCACACCCGUAACCACCAAGAAGAGCCCAAAAGUCCGAAUGCCAGUCAUCACACACACACACACAUCCCACCUGGGGAACAAAAGAGGGAUUUCAUUUGCGGCGGCCAAACAAAAAAGGAAGGACGACUGUGCUAGGGCAUCUGUGAUAACCAAGAACAUUGAAGUUAUAGACAAAAUCCUUUUGUGGGGCUUUCCAUAGCGGACUCUAUUGUGUGUGCUCCUCAUUUAACUUUGAUCGGCUGCAGAUCUGCUGCGGCUAUCGACCAAUCAUAUUUUAAGCCCUCUACAUGAAUACUAACUAGAAUACUAGAUUAUAUAUUAUAUACAUGUCUACCGUUAUCCCCCAAACUAAUCUUAUUUUUUAGACAUCUGUAAAACUUAUGAUUGUAACCCCAACUGAGUUUAUUUAAUGGUUCUAUUGAUCCGUGGAGAUUCGAUUGCGUGAAUCGUGCGGGUGAAAGGCAGCUGGCGUGCAUAAGGAUAUACAUUUAUCAAUUUUACCGAUAUUCAAAAUAGAAAAUAUUAAAAUUA